AUGUCGAUCAACGAGCGAAUCAAGAAACUUGAAAGUGAAAGAAUAAAAAGUAAAAAAGAAGGAACUAUCGGAAUAAAAGUGCCUGCAAGGUCCAGAUCCUCGGGACGGGUUGAAGCUGGAACAAAACUGCACCACGCCAUUUUGUACGAAAAUUCUACAGCUGCUCGAGACAUUCUAAAGAACAAAGAGAGCAAUCUCAUUGAUGAAAAGGACAAGGAAGGGAACACCGCGCUGCACUUGGCUGCCACUUACGGACUAAAAGGACUUAAAAUGCUACUCGACGCCAAGGCAAACACGAGGCUUCAAAACAGUGAGGGGUUCACGCCCCUCCACUGCGCUUUGAUUUGGAGAAGGGUGGAUGUAGCUAUGAUUCUCUUGGAUUACGAUGCCAAAAUAGACCUCCACGACAGGCAUGGGCGCACUCCGUUACACAUUGCUGCCGAGCAAGGAGAUGUGGAUAUAGUGAGGAGACUGCUGGCCUCUAACGUGAAUACUCGUCUUCAAGACGCGGAGGGACACAUACCAUUGAACUGCGCCCUGCGUUCGAAAAAGCGCUACGGAGAAAAAGUUGCCCAACUCCUUCUCGAUUCCGACAGUGCAAUCAACUUUCGCGACAGAAAAGGGAGGACCCCCUUACACUGGGCUGCACAGUAUGGGAAAGUGGCGGCGGUGAGGAAGUUACUGCGAGCGGGCGCGAUCGCAAGUCUUCAAGAUCGCAGCGGGAGUACGCCCCUCCAUCUCGCUUUGCGCCAGGAAAGAACGGAUGCUGCUGCAGUUCUCGUGGAUCACGGCGGGAAAAUAGACAUUCGAGAUCGCUACCGCAUGACGCCGUUACACUGGGCAGCAGACACUGGAAAGACCGUACUAGUGCGGAAGCUGCUGGACGCCGGCGCGAAUACGCGUCUCCGGGACUUCCAGGGUCGAACACCCUUACACCUUGCUAUCGAUAGUAAGAAGGCGAAUGCGGCAAAAGCCCUCGUGGAUUCCGACAGUGAAAUCGAUCACCAAGACUGGAACGGGGAGACUCCUUUGCUUUUGGCUGCAUGUAUGGGAUAUGUGGGUGUGAUGAGAAAGCUGUUGGACGCAGGUGCUGAUGCUGGAGUACAAAAUACAAUGGGCAGAACGAUUAUACGUUAUUCUCUUCAUCAGGGGACAAACAAACUCCUCCUGGCAGCCAACGGGGCAAACGACCUUCAAGACAAGCAUGGACGGACUGCCUUAUUUUCUGCUGCCUGUAGGAAAAAUUUAAAGAAACUGGAGAGUCUGGUUUUCUGUGACGUACAUCCCCAUAUAAGGACCGAUACCCUGCACUAUCCGAUUAGUUACAACGCUCCGGAAACUUUCAAGCCACUGCUUUCCGCAAUUGCCUUGAGGGACAUUGCAAUCGAUUGGGAGGAUCCGAGAGUUUUUCCACUACCGGGUAGUAAAGAGCCUUGCAGGAUAAUCCUUGCGCAAUGUCAAGCCGAACUCCAACGGAUGAAAGAGGCAAAGGUGCAAGCAACAAACGUCUCCUACUACGAUCUCGUGAAAAAUGACGUGAGCAGGGUGGCCCUCUAUCUCGAGAUCGGGGACAUCCGCUGGCGUUGGGCGGAAGGAGUGGAGGACUUUCCGAUCUACGCGGAAUGGAUUGCUUUCAAAAUGAAGAGGGCCGAGAAGAGGAGGAACCUGUAUGAGCAGUGUCUGGAUUGCUUCGGCGUCUUGUCUGAAAAGUAUUCUUUCCUGCCCCGAACGGUCAUGCGCAUUAUUUCACAUCAUUUGAGUGAGCGAGACAUGCGAAGUUUAGUUGCAUCCUUCAAAUGCAUAAACAAAGGUGUGAAACGCAUCUGUUGUCCAAUAGGGAAAAAGUGCUAA